AAUCAUUAGCAGCUUAUGCACCGGAUCAAGUUGCAAAAGAUACAUUGUUUGCUAAAGCGAAUGAUUUUGAAACUUAUGCUAUCGAAUUCGUACGAUGUGCUUAUAUUAAUGGUAGACAUAAAACAUGUGAAUUGAUUAUGCGAUGCACGAAUCUCUAUGGAGGUGUUACAUGUCUUCAAAUGGCCAUUGCUGCAGAUAACAAAAGAUUUUUACAUGAAGAUGCUUGUCAAGCUCUGUUAACGAAUAUAUGGUAUGAUAGAAUUGAUCAUGUUCAAGAACGAAAACGUCUUGUUGUUAAUAUACUUACAUUUGGAAUUUCUCAAUUUUUCAUAUCGAUUUAUUUGAAAAUAGUGAUGGCUUUAGAAUUAGAACUAUCGUUUAUUCGUUCGGUUUUAUUUAUGGGUAUUGCUCCAAAUCUUGGUCCUAAAAUUGUGAUGAUUCGAAAAAUGGUAGGUUGGCUGUAG